AUGGCCACUGAAAAUGCAAUUCCUCAGCCGGAGCUGACUGCCCCAACUGUGAAGCCUACAGAGGUAUCAUUCACCUUGCCAAAAGCCUUCCAUACAACAGCACAUGUCCACCUUAACUUCUUGGGUCAUUGCGCUAUGGUCUUCCUGGCUACAUCCAGUCCGGCGGAUUCCGGAGGCUCCAUUAAGCCAAUGGGAAGCUUUGUUUAUGCGAUGCCCGAUCGUACAUCUUCAAAAGCAACAAUAGCAACAACACUCUACACAUCAGCACCCAGCAUCGAGUACACAACUCGCAUAGCAAAGAUCUUGGCCAGACGGUUCUCUAUUCCUGUCUAUGUUGGAUGCAGUAUCGAUCCUCACGCGUUGGGCUUGGAGGUGGCGGAAGAGAUGGAGGGUCUUACCAAGACUAUCAACGUUAUUAUGGAAAAAUGGGAAGAGCACAAGAAACAGACUUCCGUUCAAUAG